GGCAGGCGUGGCACUCCUGGCCGUAUGGCUGUUCACCCGCAAAAACAAGAAGAGCAGGCUGCCACCUGGUCCCCCUGGAGUUCCCAUUCUCGGCAAUGUCCUUGAUCUGCCGUCCAAGCUCAUGUUUCUCAAGUUCGACGAGUGGAGGGAACAGUACGGCGAGAUCAUGUGCCUCAACCUCGCUGGCACCAGGUUGGUUGUCGUUAACUCGGUGACGGCCGCUGCAGAUAUCCUAGAGAAGCAGUCGGCGGUGACCUCAGGGCGACCGAGGAUGGUGAUGGCCGCUGAGAUCAUGUGCGGCAGCCUGAUCCCUGCCUUCAUGACUUACGGACUUCCAUGGCGUCGAUUUCGCCAGGCUUCUCAUCAAGUCUUCAACAUUCGUGCCAGCCAGGCUUUCUGGCCCAUGCAAGAGCACGAGUCUGAGCUCCUCAUUCGGGGUCUGUUCGAGGAUCAGUCUCAUCUUGAGAGGCAUCUAUCACGUCUAUCAACGUCAGUGACCUGGCGUUUCCUAUACGGUGGUCCAGCCAUCCGUGAUCCUGACGAGGACAAAGUCAAGGUCAUGAACAAGUUCGUCCUCAGCGUUGCUAGUGCGGCUCAACCGGGUGCUUCGAUCGUCGACAUUUUCCCAUUCCUCAAGCCGCUGCCGACUUGGGUUGCAAGCUGGAAGAAAAACGGCCUGGAGUUUUUCAAAGAGAGCGAUGUUUAUUUCAUGGAUCUGUUCCAUCAAGCUGCUAAUCACAAAGAGGAAGCCUCGUUUGUGAACUCCUCGCUCCAGGUAGCUGCCGAGUUUGGCAUUCCCGAUCAAGAAGUUGCCUGGGCUGCAGGUGGGCACUUUGCUGCUGGGGUUGAAACCACCGCCACCGUGCUCAUGCACUUCAUCAAAGCGAUGAUCCUGUAUCCAGAGGCAUGCAAAAAAGGACAGGAGCAAGUUGACCAAGUCUGCGGUAAUCGCAUCCCCAAGUUUUCCGACAGGGAUCAGUUGCCUUACGUCUUCGCCAUGGUCAAGGAGAUUCUUCGCUGGCGCCCUCCUGUUCCUUGCGGUGUACCUCAUGCAGCUACUGAGGAUCUGACGUAUGGGCCGUACUUGAUCCCCAAGGGCGCCAUCAUCAUGGACAACAUUUGGGCCAUGUCGCGGGAUCCAUCUGUUUUCCCGGACUACGACACGUACAAUCCCGAUCGCUAUCUUACUCCCGACGGGCAAGUUCGUGUCAGCCCGAACCCCGUUGACGAAGUGUACGUGUACAGUCACGGCCGUCGCAUCUGUCCCGGAAGAGACAUUGCGAACCACAGUCUGUUCAUCGAUGCUGCUGCCCUCCUGUGGGCAUUUGACUUUGAAAAGGCGAAGGGUCCAGAUGGAAAGGAGAUCACUCCGGGAACGAUGGACUUCGUUGACAAUGGCCUUGCUGUUCAACCGGCGGAGUACCCGUAUCAUCUGAAACCCCGCCGAGCCAAUCUUGACGAGUUGGUUGCUCAUUUUUAAAUGGACAUGCCUGCCCAGCGUUUGUGCGGGACUGUUUUGGUAUCUGGAUUUAUUGGUGCAUAUAUUAACAACAUGCGGUUUUCUUACAUGCAGUUUUCAUGCGGUUU